UCAAAGGUGACAAAUUAUUUGUUUGUUAAUUUUAAAGUAAAAAUAUUUGUUGGUAACAAUAUUAAGUAUUGACACACGACGCCCAAUUUGCACACGCGGUACAAGGGGGACACACAAGGCCCAAGUUAGUUAGUAGCAAAAUGUCGGACGAAGUGCAGAAAGCUCAAAAUGCUGGGGGAGAUGCGGGGGAAACCAUAUUUAUGAAAAUUGUUAGAAAAGAAAUUCCAUCUGAUAUUAUUUAUGAAGACGAUAAGUGCUUAGCGUUCCGAGACAUCCAACCCCAAGCUCCCGUACAUUUCCUCGUCAUUCCAAAGAAACCGAUCGCACAGUUGUCAAAAUGUGAUGAUCCCGAGCUACUUGGCCACAUGAUGGUGGUAGCGAGCAAGGUAGCCAAGCAAGAGAAGAUCAGCGACGAUGGGUUUCGAUUAGUUGUAAAUGACGGGGUGAACGGGGCACAGUCGGUGUACCAUCUUCAUCUGCAUGUGAUGGGGGGACGGCAGUUGGGGUGGCCACCUGGGUGAUUGCUAGUGGGGCCUGUUGCAAUCGUUAGAUGAUGCUGGACAACAAAAUAAACGCAAUAUUGAGUGAA